GUAUUUAGUAAAUGCUUUACGAUUUGGCAAAAUAUAUUUUCAAAACCGUAAAGCAUAGAUGCUCGCGUAUCGAUCCCGUCUGUGCGAAAGUCAGACAGGCGAACAGGCGGCACGAUAUCUCAUCCGGAGUUAUUACGGUCCAUUUGUGCAACACGUGUAAUUCAUCGAGACCGAUUCGCGCACAAGUGUUGAGAGACAAGUGUUGGUUAUGUUCGCUGCUCGGGCGAAAACAAAAUUUGGUAGCGAUGUAGCGGUAAGUAAGACGGGAUCCGGUCGUACGCGCUGAUAUAUCGCGGAAACUUUAACGCACGGUGCACUUGCAGUGACUUGAGGCGACGCCCGGUUUGUACGCGCGGAGAUUUAUUCACGACCGAACUGGAAAACGAACAGUCUGCAAAUGUACGACGGCGGCAGCAGCGGGUGUAACAACGUCCCCUGCACGGAACAUCGAAACAAUGUCCGACGGUUCUAAGAUGGGCCUGUUCGGCUCCAAGGACCGGAAUCAAGAACAGAAAGAGAAAUCUUCUAAGGACAACUCCCCAGCCCGUUAUACGCCGUACGGCGUCGACAGCGACACCGAGACCUACGACACUGAGGCCCUGAGCAUGAUGGAUAUCAACGAUAUCAUCGGCGUGCAGUCUGGCGACCAGGCCGGCGACUCGACUCUGGAAAGCGAAAUCGCCGCUCUUUCCAAGAUCAUUACAGAAUCAAAGGUAGAGCUGACUUUACAGUCGGAGGACUUGAAGCUAGUAACGCAACAGGGUUCUUCUAAGAUACAGCAUCCUACUUCUGGUACUGUCUGUACCACAAGCAUCGAUAAUACCGAUAUUCCUAAUGCCGACGAGUCCAAUAUCAUGUCUGAAAAGUGUACAGAUAUUAUCCGUCAAUUGCAGGAAGAGACGUCUGAUUUUACCUGGGAAAAUAAGACACACGCAGCAUCGUCAAUUGUCGCAGAAGAGAGUGCUUCGGAGAAUGCAGUAAUGGACUGUGUAAUUCAACGUGACGAAGCUACCGACGUAAAUACUAACGAAAUGAUUGGUGAUACAUCCACGGUUUGUACAUCAGAAUCGUCUUCCAAUGAUAAGUCGCGCAUUGAGAUUGAUUCGUCGACUGUCACGUCAAACGAUAUUUUACAGGAAACUGCCCAGAAUAAGCAACAAGUAGACGCCGCUUCUCCUACGGUUCACGAAGAAAGUGUUGCUGAGAAAGUGGAGGAUGAAACUGUUGACAAAACGGUUGACAGUCAAAACGAGACCAAAAGCGGUAUAAGGCCUGUGGUAACAGUCAGCAAUAUUAGCAAGAGUUUGCAAUUAAUAGGAGAAGCAUAUAAUUCUGAGGAUUCAGAGGAAACAGAUGUGAAUGAUAGCGACUUGCCGAAAGAGACUCCAUCACUUUCUGUUUCUAAAGAAACUUCAUUGCCGGAUGUUCUUGCAAGACAGUCUGACGAAGAUAAUUCUGAAGUGAGUGACAUGUUGGAGCAAAAUACUGAAAACUCUUCAGAGUUAAGUGACACUGUAAGUGCGGCUAUUUCAGAAGAAUCAAAUACAAAAGAAGAAAACACCAUAGAUAGCAAAAUAGAAGAUUCAAGUAUAAAAGAGCUGGAAGAUUCUAAUCAAAGUGAAACAUUGCAACAAGUUUUAGAAAUACAAGAAAAUGUAGACGAUACUGUAGUAAAUAAAAUAGCAGAACAUGUUGAUGAUAAGAUAUCAAGUCUCAAGCAACAAGAUGAAAACGAAAGUGAAAAUAAUACUGAAAUAGAAACAGAUACAACUGAAGGAACGGCAUUAGAACAUCAAUCUUCCAAUGAAACUUCUAAAGAAACGACAAGUACAUUUGCUAUGUCAACAAUGGAAAUAAUGAAAGAUGCGGAAGAAAGCAAUACACCUGCUACAUCAACAAUGGAAAUAAUGAAAGAUACAGAAGAAAGCGAUACACCUGCUAUGUCAACAAUGGAAAUAAUGAAAGAUACAGAAGAAAGCGAGGAAAAUACUGAAAUAGAAUCGAGUAUAUCAGCACUUGUUCCUGAAACGGAAAAGCAAGAUAGUUCCGUGACUUCUAGUGAAAAAGAACUGCCAGAUACAAGAAAAAUAAGUGAUAAUUAUUCUGUAAUUGAUGAUGCGGAGGAACUUGUAAAAAACGUAGUUGAAUGCGAAGAUAAGGAUACCGUUUCAGUAUCUGCAAACAAAACUCAAGAGUCUACCUUACCUGAGAUGUCUGAUAAGGAAUUUAGUAUGACAGAAGUGACAAGUAAAAAUAAUGAUUCUCAGGAAGCAGAUGUCACCAAUGAAAGCUCUCAGACAACACACGAAGUCGUUUUGAUAACAGAUAAAAUUAAUGAUAAUACUCAAGAAACAGUUUCCAUAGAAAAAGAUCUUGAAAGAACUGCUGUAAUUUCGGAUAAUCAAGAUAAUGUGGACAUAGCUAAUGCUAAAGAGACAUCUGUGCCAACGGAUAAAAGUGCAGUUGAAAGUGCAUCAGAUACAAUUAAUAAGGAAUUAAUUUUAAACGAAGAUACGUCACUAAGUCGUCCAGAUAUUGAAGAAAAGAAUGUAAUGACUAAUGAACAACCUGCAGGCAGUUUGUUAAGUGAAGAAAACUUAGAUUUGUGCUCUGAAAAUUUAACAGUACAGAGUGAUUCAACGCCUAUUAAUAUUAAUAAUUCUGAAGAAACAAAUGUUCAUGCACAAGAAAAUAUUCUUGAACAAACACUUGAAACCCCAGUUGAGCAUGAUAAAUCUGUUAAACAAUUUUCAUCUGUUUCAGAAAAAUCUAAAAUUAAUGACACUACAUCUAGUAAAGUCGAAAAAUUACAUUCUGCUCCAAUCUCGGAUGAAGAUUCAAGUAACGCGGUUGAAGAUAUAAGCAAGCUCGAGGCUGAAGAAACAGAGGACGUAGAGAGGAAGAUACCAGAAGCGGUAUCACCGUCUGUCAGUAAAGAUCAAAGUGAAAUUUCAUCGACAGAAAAUAAACCACAGCAACCACUUGAUCAACCUGAAUUAUGUGUUCAAGAACAAGUCGAUUCAUCUAUGCAGAUGGAAAGUAAAUCAACUUUGGAAAAUGUUAUGCCUUCCAAUGUAUUAUUAGAGAAUGAUACAAAUUCACCAUUGACUGAAAAUUUGAUUGUUUCAGAAGAUGUAAUAGAUAACAUGUGCAAUAUAAUACAGAAAGAAGAUGAAGUCAUGAAAAAUAUUACCGCUGAAGUAUCGUUGAACGAGACGGCAAUAAAAGCAUCCGAGUUAAACGAAGAGAAAGUUAAAGAAAUUGAAAAAAGUGAAGAAGAGGCCAAAGGUCAUGAUAUGAGUUUAGAUUUGGAGCCAGUAAUUCCACAAACAAAUCCAGAGAAUAACAAUUUACAGGACGAUGAAGAGACGAAACCAUGCGAAAAUAGUGCAAAGACAUCUACGGAAUCGAAAGAAUCGAUCGAUGUUGAUGUAACACCGAUAGUUGAGGAGAAUAAUGUGGAACCUGAUGUAGAAGAAUCCACUGAUGCCGAUGUAAAAGAGGUAGAAUCGAACGUCAUUGAUAUUUCUUUACUACAAGAAAGUUCGAGCGAAAAAGUGAAUGCCGAAAAGUUAACGGAAAAACUGUCUCAAGAUUCGGAAAGUAUGGAUGCUCCGGUCACUGCUCAAACUGUAGACGCUCUAGAAGGACUUUUGGAUAUGACUCUUAUGUCGGACAAUGAAAAUUCUUCGUUAAAGGACAUGAAAAGUGAAGAUAAAGCUUUAAUGGAAGAAAUAGUAAGUAAAAAUAUUGAUAUGGAUCUAUUGUUAGAUGAAGCAAAUCAAAGCGACGCAACCAUGACGCAAAGUUCGGACUACAUAACAAACGUGAUUGCUAGUUGUUUGACAAACAGAGAUAAUGAAACGAGCGAGGCUGAUAUCAACAUACUGAGUAACGAUAAAACUACCAAAAACGAAAAUAGUGGCUUAAAAAUGAACGAAGAUGCGAGUGUGGAGCCGGCAAGUGAGAUGGCAGAUAACGAGAAGAUGGAAGAAUCUCUUGGAACGGAUAGCAACUUGCAGCAGAACGAUUUGGACAUGGAUUUCGAGGGCAACCGAUUGGAGUCGGUCGACUUGGAGGAGAGUGAAGAGAAGCUGGAGCAGGACAUUCUGCUGGAGGGCGUAAUACCGAGUGAGAAUCUUUCCCAACAUGUCGACACUGCGACCGUCACCGAGAAUUCGCAGUCGAGCUCAGAGAUCUCCGAAUUGGAAUCCGCGGUGAAAUUCUUGCAGGAAUCCGAGGAGCAGACGAUAGACUCGCUGGUGCUCUCGCCGAAGAUGGUGGAGAGCGUCGUCGAGGACAUAACGAAGCAGGCGAACGCGGAGCUUUACGUGCCGGAUGAGAUAGACAAUUACGCGAACGCCGAGUCUGAAUUGGCGCAUCUGAGAGACGUCGCCGCCGCGGAUUCAAUCUCCAUUUCAGAAGCCGAGAUCAUAUCGGAGGCUGCUAAGCUGGAGAAUGAACGGAAAUUUGCGACGCAGAUGCAAAACGUCCCCAGUAUCGUUGUGAAGGACACCGAAGAAAUGACUGAAGAGACAGAGGAUCGCACGUGUUCGAAGACUUCGUCUGAUACGGCUUCUGUCGCAGAUAACUCCUUGAAUGUGCAAACAAUGGAACAAUCGCACGAAGAAAAGGGAGUUGUAUCCGACAUUAGAUCGUUGUCGAGCGAAGGUAUUCUGAAGGCGUGCGAGCUGAUCCCGAGGGUGUCGAUAUUGGAGGAACGACUGAAGGAACCGCCGAAGAUCGAGAUACCCGUUCCAGAUUCGGCUAAGGUAUUGGAAACUUCCAUUAGCCCGAACGACAGUCUUCUCAUACCGAAGGACGCGAGAGCUAUCGCGUACUCGAGGAUGUUGGAAUCACCGAAAUCGGCCGACAAAGUCGAGUCGAAGGGCCCCGACACACCGCGCAAAGACUCCGAGAAGCACUCCGACUUCGAGAACGUCGGCUCGCCGAGGAUAAUCCUGAAGAUCGCCAAAUCGGCGAUCACGGACUGCAGCGAGCCGCGAUCGCCGAAGAGCCCGAAGAUCCGCUCGGCUACGAAUUCGCCGAAUCCGGAGGACAGUCCCGGUCAGAAGUUAGGAAAGAUUAAAUUAAAACUGUCGAAAGGUGGCCACCCCUCUAUAAUAUCCAACGAGAAUCUGGAGGAGGUCAAUCAAUGGCACACGCACACCGCUGAGAACACGUCGUCGUUAUCUCCUAUCGGCAUGAAGAUCAAGCUGUCUAAAUCCGGCGACGCUUCAAUCGUGGGUGCAGAGAAACACGAGAGUCUGGAUGACUCGAAGGAGACAAAGUACAAAAUCGAAGAGCCGAAGAGAACUGAUUCGCCGAUCGGCAUGAAGAUAAAAUUAUCAAAGUCGGGAGACGCCUCGAUCAUCUCUGACUCCAGGCAACAAGAUACCAAAGAAGCUCUUACGAAGCACAAGGAGAAGUUGGAGAUGCCGCAGGGAAGUCCGAAAAGGACAGAAUCGCCAAUUGGGAUGAAGAUUAAACUCUCCAAAACUGGUGACGCUUCUAUCAUUCAGACCGACAGGCAAGAGUCUUCAGAGGAGCACAAGGAAAUUACACAGAAGCGGACCGAUUCUCCGAUCGGUAUGAAAAUUAAACUGUCGAAGACCGGUGACGCUUCCAUCGUAUCUCCCGAUGCUCCCGAGGACUCGUCUACGAAGAUGAAGGAAAAGCAGGACUAUUCGGAACUACCGAAGAGGACCGAGUCUCCAAUCGGAAUGAAGAUAAAGUUAUCCAAGUGCAAAGGCGGUGCAUCUAUUAUUUCUGUAGACAAUACUGAAGAUGCGAGAGACAAAUUGGAGGUGCCCGAUCCACCUAAACGCACUGAAUCGCCGCUCGGUAUGAAGAUAAAGUUAUCCAAAACCGGAGACGCAUCUAUUAUACAUUCCGAAGUUACAGAAGACAUUAAAGAAACGAGACACAAAGACAAGUCCGAGGUAUCGCAAGACACAGCGAAGACGCCGGAGUCUUCCGGGAUCAAGAUCAAGAUGAAGACAGGCGAAGCGGCAUCAUCAGCAUUGGCGGACGUUACCGAAGAGCAAGAUGUGUUCCAAGCCUCCGAAUCGUCCACAAGCAGCAUUCCGAAGAUCAAAGUAUCCAAAUCUGGGGAUACAUCGGUAGUUUCUAAUAAAACAGAAUCAACAGAAGACGCGAGAUCACGGGAGGGUCAAGCAGAAGUAUCGAAGAGAACGGAAUCUCCACUUGGCAUGAAAAUCAAGCUGUCCAAGAGCGGCGACGCUUCUAUUGUGCAGAGCGAAGCUGUCGCUGAAGAGCAUCAAAGUAAGACUCGUGUGCCCGAUGCGGAAUAUUCGAAAAGCAGCGACUCGUCCCUCGGGAUGAAGAUCAAGCUGUUCAAGACGGGCGAUGCUUCGGUAGUGGAAACACCGCCUUCCAGUUCUUCCGAAAAGAAGGACAAACAACAAAGACGCAGGGACACUGCCGAAUCGCCGCUGGAGAUGAAGAUCAAGCUGUCCAAGACCGGUCACCCCACUAUCAUAACCUGCGACAGUCACGGCGAAUCCUCCACGCACAAAGGUAAAGAUUCAGCAGCUGUGGAUCCAGCGGUAAAUUUCUCUCAUAGGUAUAUGGAGCACGCUGCAACGCAUAAGGAAUCCCCAUUGAAGAUCCUCAAGACCGGCGGUCACCAUCCGUCCAUUCUGCAGAGCAAUCGUUCUGAGCUAACAAUCGAGCCGGUACAGAUGCAGAGCAGAAAACAACCAGCGGAAAACGCCCAGCAGCAGAUGGAGAUAUCGCCCAAGCGUAAAGACGUGACGAUCUCGCCGGUUGAGAGCAAGAAGUCUAAACUUGAGGCGCAGCUCUCGCAGAUCCUGCCGGAGGUCACCAUCCAACCGGUAAUAUGUCGGGAUCAGAAGCAGCAACAGCAGCAGCAGCAGCUGUUGUUCGAUCCGAAGACGAGUCUAAUCAGUCGACAGCAGAUGAACGUGAUCAAUCAGGAGAUCAGUAUCACGCACGUACGGCCGGAUAGCGCGUCCGACAAGUUUAAGGAUAUGUGCAAAAAUUCGCCAGGUGGAUUGUCGGAUUGCGAGAUCAUCGAGCAUCGCCCGGAGCUGAUAAUCGUCAACGAGAAUUCGAACUCCAGCCAGGAUGUUGUUAUCAUAGAGGAGGUGACACCUAACAGAAUGGCCGAUAUCAAGGUGCCGAAGAAGAGAGGCAGACCGCGAAGAAAUCCCGUGGCGGCGCAGCACAUUCAGCCACAAAUGCUAAUGCCCAGGGAUCCCUUGGCCUUGGACGAUGUGCAGCAAGUUCCCGUGCAACAAUUUGAACAUAGAGAAAAUGAGAGACCUAAGAGAACCUGCAGGAGUCAGAAGAGUUACGCUCCGCCAAAAAGAGGCAGAGGACGAGGUCGCGGUAAACGGAAACUAGAUAACGUGGAGGCUCAAAUUGGGAAGAAGACUCGUAUAGAUCAAGACUUAUCCGCUAUAGAGGCAUCAACAACGGCUAUCAUCACUAUCGACGAAACACCAGUACAACAAGAAUCACUUCAGAAAUCAUCAGAACUAUACAAGGCACUGAAACAACCGCCCAUAGAUCGUAAAAGCAUGAGUUCUGCGUUAAGUCGCAAAGAAGUGGGGAAAAAAGACUCUAAAGCCUCGAAUUCUGAAAUUUCAAUGCUAGACCCUGCCAGAUUGUCGUCCGAUCUUCAGGAAGAUCCGACGAAGGCAUCUACGAGCCAGGAUUCGUUAGUCUCAAAAACUGAUGAUCAGCAUAAGAAACCGGCCUUGGAAAUCGUUUCUGAGAGGAUACAGAAGUCGACGGUAAAGCAACAUGCCGAGAAUAAAAAUAAGAUGUCGGAUGGGAUUAAGGAGAUACCUGUACCUCCCGGACAUUCGAAUUGGCUAACGCCAACGUCGAAGAAGCAAGCAGAUUCGACGGCCAUCAGAGGCGAAACAGUGUCGACGGUACAAGUAAUCGACGAAGAAACAAGAAUGAGCGCCGAAUCCGGCUCAAGGUCUCAAACACCGGCUAGAAAUAUACCAGCACCAACUUCGGAGACAAUAAUAAAUGAAGAAUCUCAAGGUAGCGUCUUGAGCACUGCUACGACAGAAUCAGAAAAAGUCAAAGUAAAGAACCGAAGGAUGGAGAUUAAUUUUGAUCCCGAUGAAGGACCUUUCACUGUUGAUAAAAUAGCAGAAUACGAAUGGCCACUAGAUCGAAAGGGUGAAACCUUUAUGAUACAGGAACAGAUAUCACAGUAUCUUGGCGUGAAAUCUUUUAAGCGUAAAUAUCCUGAUCUGAAACGCAGAGUAGUUGAUAUGGAAGAGAGAAAUUAUUUAAGAGAGAAUGGAUUAGUCAGUGAAUCGAUGUGCGAUAUGGGAUUAACUGCGGUGUGCAGCUCAGAAGUACUAGAUGUAAUGUGUAGUGAUUUCCCCGAUCAGUACGAAGAAUAUCGCAAACAUAUGCGCGAGAAGCAAGUCAAGGAACAUUCCAAGAAACAGAAGGAACUGACAGCGGCUGCGAAUGCGGAAAGAAACAGGAUAGAUCUCGCGGAAAUGGCAAUGCAGUCCGCAUUUGCGUGGAACGCUAACUUAAAUAAAGCUCGCAAAGAGCAGCGCAAAUACUGUUUAGAUCUGCAGACUUUCACGAUUCAUCAACCGCAGAAGCAACACAAAGGCGAACCGGAGCACAAAGUUGGUCAUUAUCCUGUUGCUCUAAUACCAGGACAGUAUACCGAUUAUUAUCGGGAAUAUACACCAGCGGAAUUGAGAUACUAUCCGCUGAAUACGGUCUUGUAUGGACCUACACGACCUAAUGAGCGAAAAAGUGAUAGUCAGUCGGAAGGUUCUCAGAGCGACAGCGAUAGUGAAUCAUCUUCCGAUGAUUCAAGUUCAUCCUCCAGUGAAGGUACGCAAGAUACGGAAGGGUCUCAAUCGACCAUGGACGAAGUGGACAUGGAAAUCUCGAACUCAAAGGAUGAUGCAAAAUUGAAAUGCAAGAUGUGCCUGAAAGUUUUAAAUAAACACAACAAGAACGAAAUAUUAAUCCAAUGUGGUACUUGCAAUGGAAACGUUCAUCCAUCCUGUAUAGAUUUAACAUUGGAUAUGGUACCACACAUUCAAUCGUAUGCAUGGCAAUGCACUGAUUGUAAAACGUGUGCGCAAUGUCACGAUCCCGCAGACGAAGACAAAAUGCUUUUCUGUGAUAUGUGCGAUCGUGGAUACCAUAUCUAUUGUGUUGGUUUGCGACGAGUACCACAAGGAAGAUGGCACUGUCAGGAGUGCGCCGUAUGCGCGAACUGCGGUUCGAGGGAGGCCGGCGGUGCCAAUUCGGAUCGAAACAGCGUUGCGCAAUGGCAGCACGAAUAUAAAAAGGGCGAGAAAAAUACUCGGGUAUAUGUCUCGACGCUCUGUGUACCAUGUUCGAAGCUGUGGCGAAAGGGUCGCUAUUGCCCGCACUGCAGUCGCUGUCAUACCGCCCAAAGGCUCGACCUGGAAGCGAAUCUAGUGCAUUGCAGCGCAUGUGACAAGUAUCUGCACUUAGAAUGCGUGGAGACCAAGGGAGUAGUGGUUGACAAGAAAAAUUAUCUAUGUGAUUUCUGUACACCGUCGACCAGCCAGCACGCGAUAAAGCCUUUAAUGUCGAAGGUGCUCAAAACGUGAAUAUGAUUAUUGUAACAUUGUCGUACGCGAGACAAAAAAAAUAUCGAGUUGUAUAAUACCAAUGCCAGUGCAGUGUAUAUUAAUUAUAUAUUAUAUUAAAGUAAAUAAGUUUUUUAUUGAGUGCGUUUGUGAACAGAUACGCGCAAGAUUUUCUUCUGGAGUACUUCAUGACAAACGAAUUACAUUGUACAUAGCUGCGGAAAAUGAGUCAUUUAACUUUUAAUUAUGAAUUUUUAAUGUAUUAUUUACCGCAAGAUAAAAUGUGAAUUAUUUAGCAAGAAAAAGACUGAAUGUGUUUAGUUUCGACGACGUGUCAAAAUUAUGAGAUACAUACAGAGUAUACGAGAAAUCGCGCACUUUCCCUUGAUUAUAGGUUCUCUGGCGAAUUUGAAAUUGAUUUUUGUACAUCGUGAGCUUGGUUAAACAUCCUUUUUGUAACUCUCCUUUUGCAUACAGUAUUUUAAAAAAAUUCUUUAUAAAAUAAAAAAUAUGUCGUCACAUAUUUA